AUGCGCAUGGUGCAUUGCAUUGCAUUGGCCAGCGACGGGUUGAAAGAAACCAUCGAAUCGCGGAGGAAGCGCGGGGCGUGGACGGCGGCGGAGGACGCGGAGCUGAGCGCUUACGUGGCAAAGUACGGCGCGGGGAAUUGGAAGCACGUGGCGGAGGCGACGGCGUUGAAACGCGACGCGCAGAGCUGCCGCCUACGGUGGUCCAGUCACCUAGACCCUAAGGUCAACCGCGCGCCGUUCACACCAGAGGAGGAUGCAAGACUGCUAGCGAGUGUCGCAUGGGGCUCCCACGGCGAAACCAAGUGGGCCGCGAUCGCAUCGGCGAAAUUCCCCUCGCGAACGGGUUACCAGAUUCAGAGCCGCUGGCACAGCCUCGUGAACAAGCAGCGCCUGUGGAUCAAUGCUCCCCGUGCUACCUCCCCCGGAGGGGGAAGGUCGCCGGCGGAGGGAAUCACUUCUACCGCCGGCGCCACAGAUGCUCCACCCGUUGCCGCCCAGCUGGGAAGGUCGUCGGCGGGGGGAAACACUACUGCCGCCACAGAUGCUCCACCCGUUGCCGCCCCGCAUGGAAGGUCGGCGGGGAACACUAGCUCCGCUACUGUCACCCCGCCGCCCGCUGCCGCCCAAGAGCGGCCGGCGAGAAAAACCGUCAUGGCAGAUGCUUUGGCGCUUGAUAAUCGGAUGGAUGCUGAUCAGUCAACACUCGGAGGGGCGGACAUGCUGGUUCGGUCCGACAGCGGCAACGGGUGGUUAAUGAAGCGUGCUUAUAACGAGGCUUUUGAGCCUGAGGCUGCUGAAGCAGAAGCUGAUGCUGCUGACGUGGCACAAGCGAUGCUGAAAGCCGCAGCACGGCAAGGCACAGGACAAGGCAUGCUGAAAGGCUCGGCACAGCAAGGUAUGGCACAGCAAGGCACGGCACAAGGCAUGCUGAAAGGCUCGGCACAGCAAGGCAUGGCACAAGGCAUGCUGAAAGGCUCGGCACAGCAAGGCAUGGCACAAGGCAUGCUGAAAGGCUCGGCACAGCAAGGCAUGGCACAAGGCAUGCUGAAAGGCUCGGCACAGCAAGGCAUGGCACAAGGCAUGCUGAAAGGCUCGGCACAGCAAGGCAUGGCACAAGGCAUGCUGAAAGGCUCGGCACAGCAAGGCAUGGCACAAGGCAUGCUGAAAGGCUCGGCACAGCAAGGCAUGGCACAAGGCAUGCUGAAAGGCUCGGCACAGCAAGGCAUGGCACAAGGCAUGCUGAAAGGCUCGGCACAGCAAGGCAUGGCACAAGGCAUGCUGAAAGGCUCGGCACAGCAAGGCAUGGCACAAGGCAUGCUGAAAGGCUCGGCACAGCAAGGGACCGGUUCAGCUGAAGAGUGUGACGAGGACACUAAUGGAUGGGACAGGAGACUUGCAAAGCGAGCAGAAACGGCGACAGGGGUGGGGUCGGCGGAACCGACGGUGGAAGGGGCGGGGAUGGCGGAAGCGGCGGUGACGGGAUUGGCGGAAGCGGCGGCGACGGGAAUGGCGGAACCGGCGGCGACGGGAAUGGCGGAACCGGCGGCGACGGGGGCAGCAGCUCCCUCCGCCGGGGUCACCACGAUUGGUCCAGCAGAGGCAUCGUCAGCCGUCGAUUUCCUGAUGAUGAUCCAGCCGCUAAAGACACUGAAGCGCACGGGGUGGGUGAAGCGGGGAGUGCAGGGGCCAGAGUCGAUCGGCGACCACAUGCAUCGCAUGUCACUAAUGGCUUUUGUGUUGUCUGGAGUGCAGGGGAUUGACAGGGAGAGGUGCAUCAAGAUGGCAAUUGUGCAUGACGUGGCAGAAGCUACUGCGGGCGAUAUCACCCCGUCGUGUGGAGUGGGCAAGGAGGAAAAGCACCGAAUGGAGAGGGACGCACUGGAGAAGAUGUGUGGUGCUCUGGGACCAAACCGCAGGGCAGCAAGUGAGUGUUGUUCCGAGGUAGAGAGUGCUCAGGGCAGAUGUGGGUGUGUGUAA